AGGAACUAUGCGAUAUGUCAGAAAAACCCUCUGUCCAUUAGACUCUGCUCCAGCUAAAGGCAUUUUCUGGGAGUGGAUGAAUGAUGAUGGCUGUUGGACAGCUUAUGAAACACAAAUCUGCAUAUUCUUGGAGGAGAAGUUUAGUAAUGGAAAUCUCUCUGUAGAUCUUGCAGUAGUUGGACUCCGCUACCUUGUUGACUUUAACUCGCUUGUUCAAGUAAAUCAGGUCACUGGAUAUAAACGACGUGUUCAACGGACCCUUGGUACACCUUAUCCUGCAACUCCAAAGGCAGGACCUGCACAUAAGGCAACGGCAUGUGCUUGUCACCAGUGUCUUGCAAGCAGUCAUGCAGGGCCUAUGCAUCGGUAUCGACACUCCAUGAUCAAUCUGCCUACAUCUUCAAAUUAUCAGAGCAGUAGCCGAACAUCCAUCAACAGUGUUGGGUAUUUACCAUAUUCGAAACCUACCAUGACCAGUGCAAAGUCGGCACCAAAGCUUAAUAGCACAUGGGUACCUCCCUCUACGCCAUUGCAACUCCCCGGUCCAUCUUCUGCUAAUGGUAAUCAGUAUUCCAUCGAUCCCAGUGCAAACUCAGAAGUCCAGUUCUAUAAAUCAGGCUUUUGCAGGAGUGACUGACCCAGAACAAGUUGUGAAGAAAUACUUGGAAACCAUUGAGAAACCUCCAGAAGAAGACUGUAUCAUUUGCAUGGAGACAUUGACUACUCCUUCUGGAUACAGCGAAACUUCGGAAAGCAAAUCCAUCAAGCCUACUGCUGUUGGGAAGCUGAAAAAGUGUGCCCAUAUUUUUCACCAGCUCUGUAUGUUUGAAAUGUAUAGCAAUGGGAACAAGGAUGGAAGUCUGCAGUGUCCUUCUUGUAAAACCAUUUAUGGGGAAAAAAAACUGGAACACAGCCCAAAGGAAAGAUGGACAUCUAUUUAAUUCAUCAGUCUUUGCCUGGUCAUCAGGAUUGUGACACUAUCCACAUUAUAUAUAUACCAUUAAUCCAGGAGUACAGGGUCCAGAACACCCAAACCCAGGAAGGCCUUUUUCAGCACGGGGCUUUCCUCGCCACUGUUAUCUUCCAGACAAUGACAGAGGAAGAUUGGUACUAGAGCUUCUAAAGGUUGCCUGGGCCAGGCGAUUGAUAUUCACCAUUGGCAUUUCAAGCACAACGGGUGAAUCUGACACUGUGGUGUGGAAUGAAAUCCAUCACAAGACGGAAAUGACCUCAAACAUAACUGGACAUGGUUACCCUGACGCAAACUACCUGGACAAUGUUCUUGCCGAGCUUGCUGCUCAAGGAGUGUCAGAAGACUGCUUAAACAUGUGA